CUCUUCUAAUCUUAAUUUCUCUCUCUGUUUGCUGUCAUGAUGAUUCAACUGGGAAGGAUCACUUCACUUACUAAAUGCUUAAUCACCUUCCUAAUCAUCUCCCCAUGUCUCCUCUGUAGUGUAAUCUGCCAACCAGCUGACUCACCGUCUCCUCUGCCGGAUGUUCUAGCCUUCUUAGACCAAAGACUCGCCGUGGUCUACCCGGUAAUCCAAACAUUCAAGAAAACAAUCACUUCAGAUCCCCUUGGAAUCACCCAAACGUGGGUUGGCUCCAACAUAUGCAACUACACGGGCUUCUACUGUGACAACCCACCAGACAAUACCUCUGCCACUGCCCUCGCUGCCAUCGAUUUCAAUGGCUAUCAGCUUGGCGCCCCUACUCUCGACGGUUUCAUUGAUCUACUUCCUGACCUUGCUUUCUUCCAUGCCAACUCCAACAACUUCACCGGCACCAUUUCUCCGAAAAUCGCAAACCUCCCUUAUUUCUACGAGCUGGAUAUCAGUAACAACAAAUUUUCCGGCCCAUUUCCACCAGCCGUGCUCAGCAUUAAUGGCCUUGCGUUCCUAGACAUCCGGUUUAACUCCUUUACCGGGACGCUACCGCCGCAAAUCUUCACGCAACCUCUAAGUGUGCUCUUCAUUAACAACAACAAUUUCAUGCAAAGACUUCCCGACAACCUCGGCAACACCCCGGUACUCUAUCUUACAUUUGCAAAUAACAGAUUCACCGGUCCAAUCCCUCGAAGCAUCGGAAAUUUGUCAUCAACAUUAAUCGAAGUGUUAUUCUUGAACAACCAUUUAACCGGCUGUCUUCCAUACGAAAUAGGAUUUCUAAAAUCCGCCACAGUUUUUGAUGCCGGGAACAACUUCUUGACCGGCCCUUUGCCGUUCUCGCUGGGCUGCUUGGAGAAGAUUGAGCAGCUGAACUUUGCCGGAAACUUUCUGCACGGGCAGGUGCCGGAGUUGGUGUGCCAGCUAGGGAAUUUGCAGAAUCUUUCGCUGUCUGAUAACUAUUUCACCAGUGUAGGACCUGUGUGUAGGAAGCUGAUUAAAAGCGGAGUUGUUGAUGUGAGGCAAAACUGCAUCCAUGGUCUUCCCGAUCAGAGACCGCCGGGGGAGUGCUGGAGCUUCUUCUUUUUUAGCUACUGGCACCACUGCGAGUAUCCCUGGUGGUUCAGCACAUAUGUUCCUUGUAAGGCUCCUCCGAAGAGGCAUCAUCCAUAUCCGCCGAUGGGGUCCAAGAGGAAGUUGUUGUCUUAUGCUGCUCUUUCAAGAAAUAGAUUGUGAGGAUCAGUGGGAAUGGAUUUCAUUCACCUUUUUGAUUAAGCCAAAUAAAAAAAGAUUAUAUACCUUUUUAGCA